AUGCAACACGCCCUGAGCAAAGCCGGAAGACUUUUCCUCGCAGGUGCUGCGGGCGCUUUCGUACUGAGAAACCCAGUCCGCGCAGAUUUGGUUGCCACUGUCGGGGAAAUCUUGCCUGGCACCGAAAGCGUUCUCCGUGGUCACUUAAAGGAGCUUCAGAAAACCGAAGAGGGUCGCUCUAUUUUAAAAGAGAGGCCACAGAUCACCGCGGAGACUCUGGCAGCGGUUGCUCUGCUCCCGCCUGAGACCCUUGGAGGUGCGUACUAUGCGUUCUUAAAAAAGCACAGUUUCAACUCAAGUGAGCGAGCAGAGGCUUCUUUCAUCUCCGAUCCCGAUCUAGCUUACAUAGUCCAGCGUUACAGGGAUAUCCAUGACAUUUUCCACGUGGUAACGAACCUCACGCCCACGUUGACCGGAGAGGUGGCUCUAAAGUACUUUGAAGCGCUGCAAAUGGGCUUGCCAAUGGCCGUACUUGGAGCAACGUUCGGGACAUUCCGUCUUACCGCGAGGCAGCGGGCGGCCCUGUUCCGGGACUAUGUGCCUUGGGUCGAACGGAAUGCUCGCUCAUGUGAAAAUCUCCUGGGAGUGUACUUCGAGCGGUACUGGCAAAUGUCACUCACAGAGCUGAGGAAGAAACUCAGGCUCGAGCCUUUUCGGAAAGAGUUCUGA